UGAAUAGUCAGCCUGUGAAUCCUGAUACUAAAUCAUUGUGGAUGGGAGAGAUCGAGCCAUGGAUGGAUGAAACCCAGAUAGCUAACCUUUAUGCUCAUGUAGCUAAAGUUCUUAGUGUAAAAAUCAUAAAGAGUAAAGUAACUGGCCUCCCAGCAGGUUAUGGCUUUGUUGAGUUUGAAAGCCAUGAAAUGGCAAGGAAAGCCAAAGAUCAACUUAAUGGAACUCCAAUUCCUGAACUUAAUAAGACUUUCAGACUAAACUGGGCAUCACAAUCGGGAGGGUCAUCAAGACCUUUACCUCAACACGCUCCUCCAAUGGGAGCUACUAAUCCGAUGCAUGGUGGAGAAGAUACUUCAGGAGACUUCUCUGUCUAUGUUGGAGAUCUAGAUCCAAAUGUAACUGAUUCUAUUUUAUUAGAGCAUUUUUCAAACAGUUAUAAAUCAAUUCUAAGUGCUAACGUAAUAGUGGACUCAAUUACCAAAAGGAGCAAAAAGUUUGGAUUCGUUAGAUUCAGCAACCAAGAAGAUUCACAAAGAGCAAUUGCUGAGAUGAAUGGGCAAUAUCUUCUCUCAAGACCAAUGAAGUUAAAUGUUGGAUAUAAGAAAAUCACUCAGCAAUCCCAGAAUCCUUCUUAUGGUAAUGGAGGAGGCUCUUAUGAACAAAGCUCUUAUGGAGGAGGUGGCUAUGGUCAUGCUCCUGCACCCUCUUAUCCCCCUACAUAUUCUCAGUAUAAUGAUCCUUAUGGUUCUAGCAAACAAAAUCAUGGUUAUGGAAGCUAUUCUUAUGGUAAUCCUGAUCCUUAUGCAAGUUCUUCUCAGUAUGGAUAUGGUAGUUAUGGAUAUGGACAACAACCAACAGGAAGUGAUUACUAUGGUAGUUCAGCUGCUAGUUCUUAUCCUCCAGCUCCAAGUGGAAGUUAUGAUUAUGGAAGCCAAGGAGGAUCAUAUCCACAGUAUCCGCCAAGCAAUACUUAUGGGAGUACCUCUAGCUAUCCUCCUAGUACUUCUCAGAGCUAUCAAGGAGGAAGCACAGCACCCGGAUACCAAUACGACUACAACUAUCCGAAGACUUCAACUUAUGACUAUGGUAUGAAUCCCCCUCCUCCAGCUGCUGAAGAACCUGCUGCAUCAGCAGCUCCUAUUCCUGCUUCAAAAGAAAUUGACUAUGACAUUGGUGACGAAGAGAUGAUCCCUAUCUAUGACGUCCAGACUAUAGCAUCCGCAAAUGAGGAAUAUUUCAACUCUUUAAUGGAAAGCAAAGGAUCAGUCGACCUUUUGCUUUAA